CAAGUUGUGAUUUGUGAAUGGUGGAAAUUAUAAGCGUCUGUAAUUUCAUGCCCAGUGCUGUCCUCCCGAUUUCUGCCGCUGCCUUCGACUCCUGCAAGGAAGGCUGGUACUACCGCUGUGUCGGCCUCGACCCCUAAACCAUUAACUGCCGCCGCCUGUCAAAUUUGUAUUACUUUAAUUUUGAUCACUAAACAACGACGAAGAUGUUGCUGGACAAAAAUAGGAAGAAUGAGAACAUCGCCAAGGGCAACCGGAUCUUGAUUAGCGUCACUGUGGUAAGCAGUGCGGGCCCGAUCCGUUUCCUUGUCAACGAGCAGGAGCUUGUUGCUGCCGUCAUCGAUACCACCUUGAAAUCCUAUGCGCGUGAGGGACGCCUUCCGGUUCUCGGAUCCAAUAUCAAUGACUUCCUGCUCUACUGCCCCAACACAAGACCUGAUGGUCUGAGUCCGUGGGAGACAAUUGGAGCACAAGGAGGAGUUCGUAACUUUAUGCUAUACAAGAAGCCGGUGAAGAUGGAGAACGAUGAAACACCUGCAGCAGCAGCAGCAAUUACUCGCAAAGGUAGUGGUCGGACCUGGAAGGCAUGGAUCAAUAAGAAGUCCCUCAAUCUCAAGAUCUCUUCUCAUUGAAUUAAUUUCUCAUUUAAUGGGGGAAUUAAAGGAGAGUUUUCUAUAUUUGCUUUUAUUUCUAGUUUUGUUAUUGGUGUCCUUCCCCAUUAUUUUUGCUUAUUUCUAGUUUUGUUUUAAUUAAUUUUGAACAAAAUCUACUAAGUCUAAGCUAAAAAUUAAGCAGAACAUAUGUAGAAAAAAAAAAUUGAUUUUCUUUAUUUGUUUUAAAGCAGAAAUUACAGUGCGUUCAAAGGGUUUGCAAAUUUCGCCACAGACCUCCAAAACUUAAUUAGGUCGG